UAGCCAGGAUUGGUCAAACGAGCGGGUUUGUUUGCGAGCCAACCUAUCAUAGAGCUCGUUAGACGGGAAGGAUGUUUGUACGGUCGCCUGGAGGCGCAGCCAUGUUGGGAACAUUAGAAGGGAACCAACACCACAACCAGAAAGACGGGAACAUCUAGGUUCGGCAGCGGCGUGUCUUAACACCUUAACACCACCACCAUGGCUGACCCGGAAAAACAGCCCGAACAACCAAAGGCUGGCCAGCAGAAGCUGAUCAUCGCUAACAAAGUGACCGGGACUGUAAAGUGGUUCAACGUGAAGAGUGGGUACGGAUUCAUCAACAGGAACGACACCAAGGAGGAUGUAUUUGUUCAUCAAUCAGCCAUCGUGAAGAACAACCCGAGGAAGGCUGUGCGCAGUGUCGGCGACGGUGAAGUGGUCGAAUUUGACGUGGUAAUAGGUGAGAAGGGUCAUGAAGCGGCCAACGUUACCGGUCCAUCCGGGGAAGCAGUAAAAGGUUCGCCUUACGCUGCCGAUAGGCGACGUGGGUAUCGCGGAGGUCAUUGGUACAUCAGUCAAAGACGUGGAAACACUCGACCUCAACGUAGACCUCGAGAAGGUCAAGACGGUUACGAAACCGGUGAGGGUAAGACCGGGGACGAAGCGAAUGUCGGCGAGGGAGGCGGUCAGCAACGACGUUACAGGGUUCGACGACAAUACGAUGGAUAUUAUCGUGGAUCGCGCCGUUCUGGUCCAUCGGCGCAACAACAAGGAGAUAACACCGGCGACGGUGGCGAACAAGGUGGCGAGACUGGCGGGGACGGAGGCGUGCCACGUGGUGGCGGUCGUGGACGCGGAGGACCCUCUCGUCGUUACUUCCGUCGUAAUUUCCGCGGGGGAAGAGGUGGCGGACCUCCGCGUCGUCCUCGUAGCCAGGACGGCCAAGUAAAAUCGGAGCAGAAGUCGGAUGCACCUAAAGAUAAGGAUGCACCUGUCGCUGUCCCUGCUCCACAGGAAAGUCAGCCGGUUCAGAACACCACCACCGAAAGCACCGCUUAACCAAGAGUAAUGGUACCACUACAACAAAAACACUCCUUUUAAUAUAUAACACCAACACCCGUUAUACACCGAAGCAACAGCAACGACAACAGCAACCGCAGCAGCAACAAUAUAACAUAACAAAUGAAAAAAGUUAAAAAAAAAAGCGAAACAAAAAAAAGCAAGAAAUGGAAGGAAAUUGCGGAACAUCGCUCCACACUCUCCCCGGCAGAAAAAGAAGAUUAAGAAGCGUGUCUGAUAUGCUGCCGGAAUUAGUUGAUAGAAUACGCUGGAAAGCCUCGUCGCGAAGAAGAAACACGAUCCACGACAUGUAUCGACUACGAGCGAACAAACUCUCGAGUUGGACUUACCGCCGUACGACCACCGUUCUUCAUUGUAUUUCUGUGAAAAUUUACAGAUUUUCGAUUUUGUAAAUCUAUCACUCGUCGAAAUUAAAGAAAUUUUAAGAAAAAGCGAUUGGAAGAGACGCGGAAAAAAAAAACGUAGCCGGUGAAUGACGGUUUUAUUCCGCGAACUGGGACGAAACGGCGGUAAGUCGUGUAUUUUGGAGUAUUUCGUCCGACGACGGCGAUGAAAAUGGUAAAGAAAAUGCGCGAUUGUAACGCAACGAAUUUCGUUCUGCGUCAAGUUACGAAAGUUAGGUAAUCUCGAUCGUGGAAGAAACAACGAAGAGAGAGAAGAGAAGAAACACGGUGAUGGGCUACACAAUACGAAUUCGAAUAGGCGAAAGUGGUAUUUUUGUUCUUGUUUUUGCGUAUUUAUUGUUUCAUACGUUUUAAUUUUUCUUCAACGAAACGCAUUCGAUCGUUUUACGCAUAUAUAUAUGUCUUUGAGUUUAACGCGAUGCUCGCAGAGUUUUUCUCUUGUCCGUGUACAUGUAAUCGGUAAAUGCGCGCGCGCGCCCCUGAAAUCAUAGGAAUAUGUUACUACGCGCGCUUACCUGUCAUUGUGCCAGCCAGCUUAAUCGUUUCAGUUUCUCUCGAAAUUACUCCGUUCUUUUUUUUCCUCCCCCCCCCUUCAUUGAAACGCAAUGUUCGAUUCGUUUCGAAAACCAGUCGUCCGUCGUGUCGCUUUUGUCUCUUCGGUCCUCGUUGGUUCGUGGCUUAUAUGCUUUGCAAAAUCGCAACGAGAAGAUUCGUUCGAUGAUCAGCGACUAAAUGCAAUUAUAAAUCUCAUAGAAUUUUCUGUCUGAUCGCGUAAUUUAGUGACGCGAAACAAAUUGGCGCGGUACCUUUUACGAUCGCUCGUAUCAAAUGACGCGAUCGACGCCCCAGGAGGGCACGAAACGUAUUAUCCGACGAUAAGCAACGAAAUGUCACGCGUAAGGCGUUAACCGAGAAUCCGAUCAAUUUUUGCCGUAAUUUUCGGUGUAACGAGUCGAUAACGUUCGAUCAUGGUGGAAGAACUUUGCCGACGUUGCUCGAACGUAUCGAUCUUCCGAGAUAUCGGAAAUUUCCUCUCGAUUGACAAUGCAAACCUGUGGUUUGUCAGUGAGUAAAUGAGCGAGUGAGCGAAUGAAUGCGCGAACGAGUGAGAUAGAUAGAUAGAUAGAUAGAAAGAGAGAGAGAGGGAGAGAGAGAGAGGUAUAUAUAUAUAGAGAGAGAGAGAGAGAAAGAGAGAGAAUAAGAGAGGACGAAAGAUUUAUACACUUUUGCAUGAAAACGAAACAAUUUUUUAAAUUUUAGUUUGUAGUUCUAUCGUCGGAAAAUAAAAUGUACAAUUUUCUUUCCAAA